AUGUACGCGGGGGCGUUCCGGGGAGACGCUGCCUGUGACAGGAAGGGGGGUCCCGGCGCUGCGGUGCCAGGAGCAGCUCCCGCAGGGCCCCAGGACCCCCCCUCGGUGAGGCUCUGGUCCGAUUACCUCAACGUGCCCCUGCACCCCCGGAGCGUCCACGUGAUCCGGCAGUACCUGCACGAUGGGGAUUGUGGUUGUCUGGAAGCCUUUGCACAAGGGGAAAGUCUCCUGCAGGAUCCCGCCUGCGUGGAGGAGCUGGAGGAUCGGCUGCACUUCUUUGUGGAGGAGUGUGAUUACCUGCAGGGGUUCCAGGUCCUCUGUGACCUCCACAACGGGUUCUCGGGGGUUGGUGCCAAGGUGACAGAGCUGCUCCACGACGAGUACUCGGGGAAGGGAAUCCUCUCCUGGGGCCUCACUCCGGCCACGAGUGACGUGGGGGAUCCCCAGAGCAGUUUUUACAGGCUGCUGAACACGGCCCUUGGCAUCGUCCACCUCUCCCAGCACAGCUCCCUCUUCUGCCCUCUGUCCCUCAGCGGGAGUUUGGGAAUCAGGCCACGACCUCCUGUGACAUUUCCAUACAUAAAGUACGAUGCAUCCCUGAACUACCACAGCAGUGCAAUUCUGGCAGCAGCACUCGACACCCUCACGGUUCCCUACCGGCUCUGCUCGUCCCAGGGCUCCAUGGUGCACUUUGCUGACUCCCUCACCUUCUCUGGGAGGAAGGUUGUGGCUGCGUGGGCGUCUCUCCCCUUCCCUGCCUUUCCUGGCUCCUCGCUCCCAGAGAUUUUAAGUGCCCACCAGCAGGACGUGCCCUGGAAGCUCCUCCUGUCCUCCUGGAGGGAGCAAAAGGUCAGCUGCUGUUUUGCUCAGUCUGUUGUGCUCCGAGGAGUUUGCAAAGAAAGGCCCAGCAGCAGCUCCCUGGGACAGCAGCCCCGGCCGCCCCUGCAGGGCUGUGAGAGCCCUGAGGAGAUGCUCCAGCACUACCUUCACACCCACUUCCCAGGCUCCUUCAGCACAGCCCACGUGCUCCAGCAGCCCUGCGACACCCGACCUCCCUUCCCCCAGUUCUUCUCUCCUCUCCUGACCAGACAAGGCUUCCUCCAGGACAAAGCUCCGGGUCACUCCUCGGCAGGGCCCAACAGAGCUGUGCAGAGCAUCCCCGUGCUGGCAGCCCUGCAGGCCUCCCCUGUCCUGCACCAGCUGCUCUCGGGCCUCUGGCGGGACCUGCGGGCGCGGAACGUGCGGCGCUGGAGCAGCUUCUUCACGGCCGGGCUGGAACAGGACGACUUCCAGCAGGCCCUGGAGGAGCUGAAGACUCUGUCCCAGUGCUAUGAAACGGGGUUUGGGGGGGAUGGCUCCGAGGAGGAGGCGGAUUCAGACUAACCCACCUUUAUUCCCGGGGACAGAGGGAGUGGGAGCCUCUUUAAGGUCACUUUGGGAAUCAAGGGAAUGGCUUUGGGGACGCUCCAGCUGCUGCUUCCUUCUCAUUUCACCAAAAUCCCCUUACAAAGGCUGGCUUAAAUUCUCCAGCUACUCACAGCUGUGUUGUAGAGGAGGAAAGCUGCUUUUGGGGGGGCUGUUUUUGUAUGUUUGGGGUUGUUUGUUUGGUUUUUUGUUUGGUUUUUUAUAACUGUGCAAAGUGGAUUUGCUCUGCCCCAUUGAAAUAAACCCACACAAUAAAUAAGAGAGCUCAGACUGUAA